GCUAGACUCACAAAAUCUUUACCAUGUGGCUGCAGUCUUGGCUGAGCAGUGUAAGAAUUGACCCAGGAGGAGAAUCCAGUGCUUGGUAGUGUGUUGGGGUUUAAGAAAAAUAAUAAAAUAAAAUAACUUUUGUCAGGGGGAGUGGGGUUGUCAUUCUUAAUCCAUACGUGCUGAUUUGCAAAUUUUAAAAAUAUUUCCCUGUUGAGUAUCUAGAAGAUGCAGAGCCCUGAAGACUGUGCAUUCAAAAAACCCUGGCCAUGUUGCGAACCUAAAGAGCUGGCUAGCUGAAGCAGCCGGACAAUCUUGGAACAGUUCAUGGCUAAGUGGAAUGGGAGAAUGGAGGCCGAUCUGUGGCUAUAGGGCUGGCACAGAGCUUUAAAGCUGCAGUUGUGGGUCUUGGCAUAAAUACUGAGGAUGGGUGAACAGGUGUAGCCUUUGAGUAAGGCAGUAACUUCCAUCAAGAAGAGACGGGGCUUGAGGAAGGCACUAUGGGGACGGCUUCAUCGUUGGUGAACCCCAUCGGCACAGUCGGGGAGGUGAUUGAAGACACCUACGAGGGAGGUGGUGGCGAAGCUUGCGAGAUCCCCGUGGAGGUGAAGCCCAAAGCCCGCCUCCUGCGCAGCUCCUUCCGCCGUGUGGGGACGUCGCGGCCUGGAGGCCUCAUCGGAGCCAGCUUCAAGUCCACAGCGUCCGUACAGGAGCUGGAAUGCAUGGCGGAGUACGAGCGCCUGAAAAAGGAGUACGAGAUCUUCCGCAUCAGCAAGAACAACGAGGUGGCCUCUAUGAUGAAAAAGGAGAACAAGCUGGAUAAGGAGAAUAAGAGACUUCGGGCAGAGCUACAGGCACUUCAGAAAACAUAUCAAAAGAUACUCCGGGAGAAAGAAAGUGCUCUAGAAGCCAAAUAUCAAGCCAUGGAGAGAGCAGCUACAUUCGAACACGACCGGGACAAAGUCAAGAGGCAGUUCAAGAUUUUUAGAGAAACCAAGGAAAACGAAAUUCAGGAUUUACUGAGGGCUAAGAGGGAUCUGGAGGCAAAACUGCAGAGGCUGCAAGCCCAGGGCAUCCAGGUCUUUGAUCCCGAGGAGUCGGAUUCAGAUGAAAGCUGCACUGAGGUUACCGCCACUGGAGCUCAGACUGAGUAUUGGACUGGCGGAGCUUUGGGAAGCGAGCCUUCCAUGGGCAGCAUGAUACAGCUUCAGCAGUCCUUCCGAGGCCCUGAGUUUGCACAUAGCUCCAUAGAUGUGGAAGGGCCAUUUGCAAAUGUCAACAGAGAUGACUGGGAUGCAGCUGUCGCUAGUUUGCUGCAAGUCACUCCCUUGUUUUCCCACUCUUUGUGGAGCAAUACUGUUAGGGUGUAUCUGAUCAGUACAGAAGAGACUCAGCAAGAUGUAGACAUCUUCAUACAGAAAUACUCUCCCAAACUUCGGAAAUAUUGUGAAACAAUGGAAUACUUCUUCCAAGCUGUCCAUUUUCCAGUAGAAACCGAAAGUACUUUCCAGGCUGUGAGAAAAUGGGAAAUUGAGAAAAGCUCUUUAGCCAUUUUGUUCUUGCAUCUAAAUUUGCCAAGCUGCCUGCUGGAUGAGUGCGAAGAAGCCUUCUUGAAAAACCCUGAAGGGAAGCCCCGGCUUAUUUGCCACCGACUGGAAGAUGGACAAGUCGGUUCGGAUUCUGUGCAGCGAUUAGUUGAGCAAGUUCGUUAUGUGAACAAAACAAAGAUCAUCAGCCAUAUGGGAGGAGAAGAGGAAGGAGCCCGUGAAGUCUAUAAUUAUGUGGAAAAGACCAUAAAACAGGAUAUACUGGGCUGUGAAAUUACACAACUGGAAAGGAAGGGCGCAACAGACAGUGCUGAGUCUUCCAUUCCCGAAGAGGAAAUUUUUGGAGACGUGCUGUGGGAUGCUCACGAUGAACAAGAACAGAUGGAGGCCUUCCAGCAGGCGUCCAGUUCAACUUCUGAGCUUGGAUUUGAGAAAUAUUAUGAACGCCUGAAUGACUUGGUGGCAGCCCCAGCGCCAAUCCCGCCCCUUCUCGUGUCUGGAGGACCAGGCUCAGGAAAAUCUCUCCUUUUGUCAAAAUGGAUUCAGUUGCAACAGAAGCAUUCGCCAAAUACUCUCAUCCUAUAUCAUUUCGUUGGGAAACCUCUGUCUAGCAGUUCAGAGCCUGCGCUGAUUCUCAGACGUCUCACUUUAAAGCUUAUGCAGCAUUCCUGGUCAGUCUCACCUUUGACGCUCGAUCCUGUAAAGCUAUUAGAAGAAUUUCCUCGUUGGCUGGAGAAACUUUCUGCUCACCACCAAGGCGGCAUUAUAAUAAUUAUUGACUCUAUUGAUCGGAUCCAGCAAGCUGAAAAGCAUAUGAAAUGGCUGAUUGACCCCCUGCCAGUGAAUGUGAGGGUCGUAGUGUCUGUGAAUGUUGAAACUUGUCCCCCAGCGUGGAGGUUGUGGCCAACCCUUCAUCUUGAGCCAUUAAAUGCGAAGGAUGUGAAAUCUCUCAUUAAUGAAGAAUGCAGCUGUGCGGACCUGAAACUGACAAAAGAACAGGAGAAGAAGAUUGAGAAACAUGGUCAUUCUGCUACAACUUGCAAUGCCCUGUAUGUCACUCUCUUGGGCAGAAUGAUGGCUGGUGCUGGAAGUGCAGAAGACAUUGACGUAAUCCUUCUGAAGUUUUUGCAAUGCCAAGACACAGUGUCGCUGUACAAGCUAGUUCUGAAUUCAGUCGAAGAAUCCUUGAAAAGUGAAAAAGACAAAAACCUCAUGAAAGAGAUACUUUGCCUCAUCAGUGUUAGUCACAACGGAGUCAGUGAAUCAGAACUGAUGGAACUAUGUCCUGCGCUGUCAUGGGAAGUGCUGGCCUCGUUAGUUUACAGUUUGCACAAGAUGUGCUUUUUGACAUACGGCUGUGGCUUGUUAAAGUUUCGACACCUUCAGGCUUGGGAGACUGUCAAGCUGCAAUACAUGGAAGAAGGUCAGAAUGUUUUUGCUACUUUCAGAGAAAAACUGAUAGACUACUUCACCAUGCAACUAAGCGAAGAGAGAGUGACUUGGAGGAGUGCGGAUGAACUCCCCUGGUUGUUCCAGCAGCAAGGGGACAGGCAAAAGUUGCAGAAGUGCCUGCUGAAUCUCUUUGUGUCUCAGAACCUUUAUAAAAGGGGCCAUUUUGCAGAACUGCUGAGUUACUGGCAGCUUCUUGGGAAGGAUAAGAGCUCCAUGGCGGCAGAGUAUUUUAGCUCCCUUAAACUUUACGAGCAAAGCUGCGAGGGGGAAGAAAGCAUGAUCUCUCUAGCUGAUCUUUAUGAAACUCUGGGGCGAUUUCUUAAAGACCUGGGUCUUCUCAGUCAGGCCAUUGCUCCUUUGCAGCGCUCGCUGGAGAUUCGGGAGACUGCCCUUGAUCCAGACCACCCCAGAGUUGCCCAGUCACUCCAUCAGUUAGCUGGCGUUUAUGUGCAAUGGAAGAAGUUUGGUAAUGCUGAACAGUUGUAUAAGCAGGCUCUGGAAAUCUCCGAAAAUGCUUACGGGACUGAACAUCUCAGGGUCGCUCGUGAACUUGAUGCUCUCGCAAUGUUGUAUCAGAAACAGAACAAAUACGAACAAGCUGAACAGCUAAGGAAGAAAUCCUUAAAAAUUCAGCAAAAAGCUGUGAGACGUAAAGGAAGCCUGUAUGGAUUUGCUCUUCUUCGCCAACGAGCCCUGCAGCUAGAAGAGCUCACUUUGGGAAAAGAUACGUCCGAUAAUGCUCGGACGCUUAACGAGCUCGGAGUUCUCUACUACCUCCAAAAUAAUCUUGAGACAGCAGAGCUUUUCCUCAAACGCUCCCUGGAAAUGAGAGAGCGGGUUCUCGGACCUGACCACCCAGAUUGUGCCCAGUCUCUGAAUAAUCUAGCAGCCCUCAGCAACGAGAAGAAGAACUACGACAAGGCAGAGGAGCUGUACGAAAGGGCACUGAACAUCAGGAAAAGAGCGCUGGCCCCAGACCACCCGUCUCUGGCCUACACAGUGAAACACCUUGCUGUCCUGUACAAGAAGAUGGGAAAGCUUGACAAAGCUGUUCCUCUGUAUGAGUUGGCUGUUGAAAUCAGGCAGAAAUCUUUUGGUCCAAAGCACCCCAGUGUGGCCACUGCUUUAGUGAACUUAGCAGUUCUUUACUGCCAGAUGAAAAAGCACUCUGAAGCCUUGCCUCUUUACGAACGAGCGCUGAAAAUUUAUGAAGACAGCUUUGGGCGGAUGCAUCCUCGUGUGGGAGAAACAUUAAAGAAUUUGGCUGUGCUUAGCUAUGAGGGAGGAGAUUUUGAGAAGGCUGCCGAGCUCUAUAAGAGAGCCAUGGAAAUCAAAGAAGCAGAGACUUUGUUGAUUGGUGGCAAGGCAGCGUCCCGUCAUUCAUCCAGUGGAGACACCCUCAGUUUGAAGAGUGCUUUCUCUCCCAAUGUUUUUUUGCAACAUGGACAAAGGUGAUGAUAAGGGAAAGGACCCCUAGACAGUGAAGUCCAAUCAAAGGCAACUAUGGGGUGCAGCGCUCAUC